AUGCUCGUCCUCACCGAGACCCCCAUCGGCUUUGUCGUUUUCAAGCUCGGCAACGACUACAAGCUCGAGUCCAAGGACCUCUGGAAGGAGUUUGAGACCCCCGAGAAGGCCAACAAGGCCCUCAAGGUCCACUCCAUCCAGCGCUUCACUUCGACCGCCACCGCCGUCGAGGACCUCGCUGCCAUCCAGGAUGGUCGCUUGACCGACUCGCUCGAGAAGUGGCUCACUGAGGCCACCAGCGGCGAGGGCGAGAGCGACAAGAAGAAGAAGAAGAAGCUCGAGGAGAAGCUCAUUGUCUCUGAGCCCAAGCUUGGUGCUACCAUUGCCAAGUCGCUCAAGAUCCCCGUCAUCUCGGACUCUUCGACCCAGGAUCUCUACCGUGGUAUCCGCCAGCAGCUCGCUUCGCUCCUCGGCGGCAUUGACUCGAAGGACCUGAACACCAUGUCGCUUGGUCUUGGUCACUCGCUUUCGCGUUUCAAGCUCAAGUUCUCGACCGACAAGGUCGACACCAUGGUCAUCCAGGCCAUUGCCCUCCUUGACGACCUCGACAAGGAGAUCAACAUCUACUCCAUGCGUGUCAAGGAGUGGUACGGCUGGCACUUCCCCGAGAUGGGCAAGAUCAUCACCGACAACCUUGCCUACGCUCGCGUCAUCAAGGCCAUGGGCUUCCGUACCAACGCUGCCACCACCUCGUUCGAGCUCGUUCUCCCCGAGGACCUCGAGGCUACCCUCAAGCAGGCUGCCGAGCUCUCCAUGGGUACCGAGAUUUCGGACACCGACAUGGCCCACAUCCACUCGCUCUGUGACCAGGUCAUCUCGAUCACCGAGUACCGCACCCAGCUCUCGGAGUACCUCCGCAACCGUAUGCAGGCUAUCGCCCCCAACCUCACCGCCCUUGUCGGCGAGCUUGUUGGUGCCCGCCUCAUCUCGCACGCCGGUUCGCUCAUGAACCUCGCCAAGUUCCCCGCCUCGACCGUCCAGAUCCUUGGUGCCGAGAAGGCUCUCUUCCGUGCCCUCAAGACCAAGCACGACACUCCCAAGUACGGUCUCAUCUACCACGCCUCCCUCAUCGGCCAGGCUCCCCAGAAGCUCAAGGGUAAGAUGGCCCGCAUGGUCGCUACCAAGGCCUCGCUCUCCAUCCGUGUCGACGCCCUCUCCGACGCCGACACCAAGUCGGACGUUGCCGGUGCCGAGAUCGGUAUCUCCAACCGUGUCAAGCUCGAGUCGCGCCUGCGUGCCCUCGAGCACCGUGCCGGUAUCGUCUCGACCCGCACCGUCACCACUGGCCAGACCUCGCGCCAGCAGCCCAAGUUCGAGCUCUCGGGCUCGUCGGGUGCCUACAACACCGCCUCGGACGCCGUCAACGGCGAGGCCAUGCUCCCCACUCAGCCCACCGAGGAGAAGAAGGAGAAGAAGAAGUCGCGCAAGAGCGAGCUUGCCGCCGACACCACCAUGGACGUCGACGGCGACGAGUCGAUGGUUGCCGGCGAGACCAAGGAGGAGCGCAGGGCACGGAAAGAGGCCAAGAAGGCUGCCAAGGCCGCCAAGAAGGCCGACGGCGGCGAGGAGGGCGAGUCGAAGAAGUCGAAGAAGCGUCGCGCGUCCGAGGCCAACGGCGAUGCCGACGACGGCGAGAAGAAGAAGAAGAAGAAGAAGAGGGAGUCGGAGGCUUAA